AUGUCAACUCUGUCAAAGUCACGAUGGGCUGACGAUGAAGAAGAUAAGGCAGAUGAGGCUCGGAGAAAACACGAGAAGAACGCAAAGAGAAGAGCCAAGGCAGAGAAACAGCGAAAGCUCGAUGAAGAGAGGCAGAACAAGGAAGACGUCGUGAAUGGCGUCACAGCCAAUGGGUACGACGAACAUCAUGACACAGUAGAAAGACCACUUAAGAGAAGGAAAGUAACGCCAGAGUCUGAGGCUGGUAACGGCGACUCUGGUACUACAGAGAUUCUACGAUUUCCAGCACCAGUAUGGGGACCAUGUCGGCACGUAGGCAAUUUCGAAAAACUCAAUCAUAUUGAAGAAGGCUCCUACGGCUGGGUUUCACGGGCGAAGGAGACUGCUACGGGCGAGGUGGUAGCCUUAAAGAAGCUGAAGAUGGACAAUCUAAACGACGGCUUUCCCGUGACUGGUCUGCGAGAGAUACAGACAUUACAAGCUUCCAACCAUGCUAACAUUGUGGCACUGAGGGAGGUCGUGAUGGGGGACAAGCUAGACGAAGUGUUCCUGGUCAUGGACUUCCUCGAACACGACCUCAAGACCCUGCAGGAAGACAUGCUUGAGCCCUUUCUCCCGUCAGAGACGAAGACCCUCCUCCUCCAACUUGCGUCAGCUGUUGAAUACCUUCAUAACAAUUGGAUUUUGCAUCGUGACUUAAAGACGUCUAACAUCUUGAUGAACAAUCGCGGUCAGAUCAAGAUUGCAGAUUUUGGUAUGGCUAGAUACUAUGGUGACCCGCCACCGAAGCUUACACAGCUCGUGGUAACUCUUUGGUACCGCGCGCCAGAAAUGUUGCUGGGAGCAGAAAAGUAUGGUGCGGACGUAGAUAUAUGGAGCUUAGGUUGCAUAUUCGGUGAGCUUUUGGCGAAGCAACCAUUGCUACAAGGGAAGAAUGAGGUCGAUCAGUUGACCAAGGUGCGAUACAAUUCCAGAGUUCGAAAGAAAACCCCAUUGACGAGACUUCAGAUUUUCGAACUCUGUGGUAUACCGAGCGAGGCCACCUGGCCAGGCUUUAAAAGAUUGCCCAAUGCUCGCUCGCUCCGCCUGCCCAGCAAUAAUCCGCGAGCGUCUGGCGCAGUCAUACGUGCAAAGUUUCCUCUUAUCACUGCCGCAGGCAACGAUCUUCUUUCCUCCCUCCUGUCGCUGAACCCUGCAAAGAGACCCGGUGCUGCAGGAAUCUUGGCGCACGAGUACUUCAAAGAAGAUCCACGGCCCAAGAGCACCGCUUUAUUCCCUACCUUUCCGUCUAAGGCCAACCAAGAGAAGAGAAGGAGAAUGCUCACACCAGAGGCUCCCAAGAGAGGACAGGCGCCAAAGAUUGAAGGCGGGGAUGUGGACUUCAGCGGGAUUUUUGCGAAUAGAGAGCAGGAGCAGGCCGGAGGUGGUUUCUCUUUGCGGCUUAUGUGA